GCUCAGUCGUAAUCGUUGUCGUCGUCGUCGUGGUCGUGGUGUCGUCCUCACACAUUUCGCUCCCAGCCGCCAACCGCCAGCCUUUAGCCUGGCGCAUGGCGGGCGAGGUUGUGCGGCAUUAGGCUGGGCCAAGCGGUCAUUAGUCGCAAAUUAUUAACGUUAUUAUGUAUUGCAUCUUCCAACGUAACGGCCGGAGGCGGUAUAUUUUUGGCGUUCAGGUGUAAGCGCGUUGGCGGCAGCAACAACUAGAUACUAACACCACCACUAACUGCUAUCCUAUAAAGCAGCUAUAUAUUAAUUUGAAAAAAAAAAACAGCUACAACAACUACUUCAAUCGCUCUGCUGCUGUUGCUGCUUGGUGUGCCUUCCACACCAACAACAUCAAUUUGCACAGCAUUUAGCGAUUUAGCGUUUAGUUGGUUCCAAAGAAAGCGCCACAAAUAACACCCAACCACAAACGCCCAACGAUCGGAGCGCCGCAUUGCUAAACGUACGCGCAUCCAACGCAAACACGCUCCGCGCCACAAUACUUCAAGUUUGCAAUCACAAUUUAUUGCAUUGUCCUUAGCGAGUAGUCACUGUCGUAGUCGUUGUUGUGUGUCUUGUCGUGCCGUGUCGUGUUGCCACGUCUUGUGUCGUCUCGUGUUAUCCUUAUUUGUGAAUUUAUCUACGAUUUUACACGCUUGAUUUCUACUUAACUGAGCAGGCAGCAACAUGAGUGACGAACUCUCCAAAGACCAAAUCGAGCUCUUGCGUAAUGCUUUCAACGCAUUCGAUGCCGAAAAGAAUGGCUACAUCAACACCACCAUGGUGGGCACCAUUCUAAGCAUGUUGGGCCAUCAAUUGGACGAUGCUAUGUUGGCCGAAAUUAUCGCCGAAGUCGAUGAGGAUGGUUCGGGACAAAUUGAGUUCGAAGAAUUCACCACAUUGGCGGCGCGUUUCCUCGUUGAGGAGGACGCCGAAGCGAUGCAAGCCGAACUGAAAGAGGCAUUCCGUUUGUACGAUAAAGAGGGUAACGGUUACAUUACAACCGGUGUGCUGCGCGAGAUUCUGCGUGAAUUGGACGAUAAAUUGACCAAUGACGAUUUGGACAUGAUGAUUGAGGAAAUCGAUUCUGAUGGCUCAGGAACGGUUGAUUUCGAUGAAUUCAUGGAGGUCAUGACCGGCGAGUAAGCAGUAAAUACUACGCAGGCGCUGCUCCAUUUAUAUGGCCGCAAAUCUUUACCUACGGAAUAUGUAGUAUUUUACAAAAACCAAAAAUGCCAACAACAAUGGAACAACACUCACACACACACACACACGCUCGUCAAACAGAGUUAUGAUUAAUCUUUGUUAUAAUUUUUGUUAAAAUAUUUAAAACACAUAUAUAUAUUUAAAUCAACAAAAGAAAAGCAACCAUUAAAAGUAAAGUCCAUUAAGUUAUUGUUUAAUAAAAAAGUACAUAUAUAUAUAAUACAACUUAACUGUUUUGUCCUUAUGUUAUAGAGAAAAUUGUUAAAUACAUUAAUGUUUUCGUCCCUUUUCGUGCAACUAUCAAACCAAUUUUGUAUGUACACAUUGCAUACCAAGUCAAGGGCUUGUGACUCAACACCCAAUACUCACAUAAGUCAUGAACAUAAAUAAAAUAACAUGCAUGCAUUAUGAAUACAAACA